AUGUUGGAGUUACCAUGGGCUUCAAAUUUUGUUGCAGGGAGUGUUUUCCUAUCAUUUAUCCCGUUUCAAUCUUCAAACAAGGUACUAUGCAAAUCAGUAGCUGCAAAAAUAUGCUUUCAAAUGCAUGAAGGACUUCGAAAAUGGUGGUGCCAUUCCAAAUGUGUGUUGUAUGUUUGUGAUGAUGUGACUGUUGUUGAUUUGCUUGUUGAACUAGAUGUGGAUGUGUGA